CUGGAUCUCAGAAGGAAGGGCCUUUGCUUGCUUCAGGAAAUCAGACCUGCUUUUGAACUGGACUAUUUUGGCUCCCCUUGUAAGAACUCUGGUGGCUCUCUCAGCCCUGCAGGCUCCUAGACUCCACAGUACAUGGAAAAAUGCAAGCUUUACCAGACGUGAAAGCGCCGUGUGAGGCACUUCCCUCCCCCAGCCUGGAGCCCCACCUGCAGAGCUCCAUUGUGGUCACCCUUGAGGACAUGGGUCUCUGGAUGAAGUUUCAUCAGAUAGGAACUGAGAUGAUCAUCACCAAAUCCGGCAGACGAAUGUUUCCACACUGCAAAAUCAAAGUCUCUGGCUUAAUCCCGUAUGCCAAGUACCUCAUGCUGGUAGAUUUUGUGCCAAUGGACAACUUCAGGUACAAGUGGAAUAAAGAUCAGUGGGAAGUUGCUGGAAAAGCAGAGCCCCAGCUCCCUUGUCGCACCUACAUCCACCCAGAUUCCCCAGCUCCUGGCAACCACUGGAUGAAAGAAUCUGUCUCCUUCCAAAAACUGAAGCUCACAAACAACACUCUGGAUCAACACGGGCAUAUCAUCCUCCACUCCAUGCACCGUUACAAGCCUCGCUUCCACAUUGUGCAGGCAGAUGACCUCUUCAGUGCCCGCUGGAGCAUCUUCCAAGUCUUCAGCUUCCCUGAGACUGUCUUCACUUCUGUUACUGCCUACCAGAAUGAGCAGAUUACAAAGCUCAAGAUCGACAACAAUCCAUUUGCGAAAGGUUUCCGUGAGCAUGGGAAGAAUGCUCGAAGGGAAGGACGAGCCAAAUGCCAGAAGCCUAGUCCAGACAAGGGCCAGAAGAGGAAGCUGCCAGAGGAAAAGGAGUCCGGUGCUGAGGAACGUGAUCUUGAGAAAGAUGAGAAUAUAGAUGUAAAGGAAGAGAGUAACCCUGUCGUGGUCAGUGGUGGAUACCCCUUCUGGGUCUCGGAGCAGAAUGGCAGCCAUGCUUUUCCUGCAGCAUCGCCGGUGCCAGCUGACCAGAGGGAGGGUCUGGCCAGAGAGCAGCAAGUGCCUACACCAUCCUACCAGACAUAUCGGUUCCACGAAGCUGGGGACAGCCAGCAGCUUCCCACCCGUGAUGCCGCAACCUUGAAUGAUUUCCGGGCAAGGUGCCACCCUUUGGAUCUCGCCACGGUGCCCGAGCAUGACUCCAAACAGCUCCCAGAGGGCUUCACCAACCUGCCUCCACUCCCCCCGCCUCUGCCUCCUCCCCAGGACUACACAGGAGUGGUGAACAUGGCUCUAGACUCUGUCGGGAAACCCGGGGCCCGAGCGCCCAUGUACAGUCCCUACGGCACCGAGCAGGGCCUCGGCCAGUGGAUGGUGCCUUCCCACAGCCAGUACAGGGCAAUGAGCUACUCGGCCUUCUCCACGGAGUACAACACACAGGGGGCUCCAGGACAUGCCCAUGGGACCAUGGCGGAGUGGAGCCAGUACCCUCUGUUCCCCUAUGCCUGCUGGUGAACAACAGCUACGCUUCCCAGUGAAAAAACUGAAAGCAAAUUGUAAAUGAGAUUGAAUUUGCUCUGGGGUGUUGACCUUUUGAAGCCUUGCCUACAGCAGGCAAAGAGAUACUGCUGCAAACAGUAGCAUGGGACACCUUCACUUCCUUGUCUCCUUGCACAACAACCCUCACCAUAUUUCACCAGCAGUGGCUAAACUGGUGGCUGCCCUGGCCGUGUCAGUGUGGGUAUGGCUGAAUCAAUGUGUUCUGCAGUGUUGUUUUUCCCAGCAGGAGUAGAAAUCCACAGGAGCUGCGAGAGCAGUAUUUAAAGAGCUGCCAAACUCUCAGUCCCAGACUGUUUGCAUCUUGCAUUUGGCAGUUUCUAGAAUCCCUCCCAGGACUUCUGUGCAAGGAGAUAGGGGCUGAGGAGUUUCAGUAAGCAAUCCAGGUGGCCAAGAAGCUGUAGAGAAUUAUUGCAAAGACAAGCAGAGCAGGCAAUCCCAGUGCCUCCUUGAGCAGUUUCCUCACUUAGUAUAGUCAGACUGAAGCUAGAGUCUUGCCUUUCUUCCAGCAGCAUGCAAGGGUAAAAUACACAGCAACACGUGUGUGUCUGGAGCACAGCAGUGGGCCGUGCAGGCAGGGGCGUUUGUCCCAUGCAGGAGAAGCAGCAGAGCUGUGUGUUGUAUCUGCGUGUCCCCUGUGCCCAUCCCGCUUCUGUCACCCCUAGAUCCGAGGUUAGUGAAACACUCUUCUUUCGGCCGGUGGUGGAGGGAGGCUGUUCACAGAGUGUGGGGGGCUGCUCUGGGGGGUUUCCAAAGGCCUGUGGUUGUCAGAAACGGGGCCACGAACAGCAGUGCUGGCUGUGUCACUGCGGCCUCUUCCUUUCAAGGGAAAGGAAACCUAUCACUGCAAACUGUCUCUUUUCUUCCACCCCUUGCCACCCCUGGAGAAUAUAAUUUACAGUUGUGGUUACGUUGCUACACUCUGAGCGAGGGCUGUCCAUAGCCAGUUCUCACCAGCCAGGCUUUGCUCCUCAGGCGUAUACUUUAAUGAAUACCCUGUGGCACUGAGCUGUGUGCUGCACUGCUGGUGUGCUCGGCGCCUCCCAGCUGGUCAGCAAAGUCAUCUUGCUGCUGUCUGGAAGCCUGUAAGGAUCAGCUUCCAUGUUUAGUUAUCAAAGCAGUUUCACCUCCCUUACCUCUGUGGUCCCAUUGUGGGGAGGAGCUGUUCUGCCAGUGAGCAGCCUACGCACUGCCUUGCAAAGUGGAUUUCUUUUUAUCUUCACUUUAGAAGGGGGAAGCAUCCCUCUUUGCCCAGGUGGCAGAAUGGCCCUGGCAAUGGGGCCUUUUUUGAGACAGGCUCUUUGCUUCUCAG